AUGGUUGUUGGACUACAAAGACGGCUGCGGGCCUUCUGGCCUGUGAGCUUUGUGCUGGUCCUCAUCACUUCAAACGUGGCUGUUGCAGACGAGGCGCUCUACUUUAUUGAUGGUGAAGAUAUCUGUACAGCGUUGAGCGAGGAGGCGGUUGCUUCGUCCGCGUUCGACUGCAUCAACCCCAGAACCGACGACCCCUUUUGGUUCUCCACCAUGGACGGAUGCAGCGAGCAGAUCUCCAUCCUCGCGGCAACCGCCACGCCCACGGCUUCAGCUUCAAUCAUGUAUCAAAGACGCCUGCUAGGCAACCAGUUCCAACUCUUCACCGAGUCCGUGUCCUCGCAUUACCACUGUUCUGCCACCGGCAGUCCGGUCGCCACGGGAACCAGCGUAGGGGGCGGGGCGGCAUCCGUCACGCCGCCGCUCAUCUCAAGCAUCAGCAGGACAGCUGAAAAUGCGGCGCAGUCGACUUCUUCGACUACUAUUACGUACCACGUGGUGGGUCCAGCGGCGGGCGGUGUUCUCGGCGCGGUUAUCGGUGUGUUGGCAAUUGCUCUGUAA